UCCUGAAUCAGUCUUAUUAGGACCAACGUGGACCGAGAAGUCAGCGCUCUCAGGAGGCCGACAAACCUCACAGAAGAAAGGGAGAGAAAAAUUACAGCUGUGACGAGUGUGGGAAAGAUUUUACCGUAAAAGCUUCCCUAAAAAUGCAUCAGGUCAUCCACACUGGAGAGAGACCGUUCAGCUGUGGAGACUGUGGAAAGUCUUUUACCAAGUCUGGAAACUUAAAAACGCACCAACUCAUCCACACUGGAGAGAGACCAUUUAGCUGUGAUGAGUGUGGAAAGUCUUUUACGCAGUCUGGAAGCUUAAAAAAACACCAACUCAUCCACACUGGAGAGAAACCGUUCAGCUGUGGAGACUGUGGAAAGUCUUUUACACAGUCUGCAAGUUUAAAAACACACCAACUCAUCCACACUGGAGAGAGACCGUUCAGCUGUGGAGACUGUGGAAAGUCAUUUACAGAGUCUGGAAGCUUAAAAAAACACCAACUCAUCCACACUGGAGAGAGACCGUUCAGCUGUGACGAGUGUGGAAAGUCUUUUACCAAGUUUGGACACUUAAAAACACACCAACUCAUCCACACUGGAGAGAGACCAUUCAGCUGUGACGAGUGUGGAAAGUCUUUUACCCACUCUGGACACUUAAAAACACACCAACUCAUCCACAGUGGAGAGAGACCAUUCAGCUGUGACGAGUGUGGAAAGUCUUUUACCAAAUCUGGAAACUUAAAAACACACCAACUCAUCCACACUGGAGAGAGACCGUUCAGCUGUGAUCAGUGUGGCAGAGCUUUUACUCAGAGUAACGGCUUAAAGAGUCAUCUAGUUACCCACUGUGGAAUUAAGGCAUACAGCUGUGACAUUUGUGGAAAAACUUUCAGUCUGAAACAGAGCCGAAAUACACACCUACGCAUUCACACCGGACAUGAUGUGUACAGCUGUGAUCAGUGUGGCAAACAGUUUGCUAUAAACACACGCUUACAACGUCACAUGUUUACCCACUCUGAGGAACGACCUUAUAAAUGUGACCUGUGUGAGAAGACUUUUAAAUCUCCAUAUUACUUGAAAGCACACCAACAAAUCCACACCAGAAAGACUCUACAAGUGCAUGUACUGUGAGAAGCAGAGCGACACAGAUGGAUCCAGUUCUCAGCCCUGUCAUUGCUGUGGGAAAGACUUUUUUUGUGACCUUUGUGGAAAAACUUUCAGUCAUCGAAGGACUCUGAAAAUACAUCAACGUAAACACACUGGAGACAAAAUGAACUACUGUAAAGAAUGCGGGAGAGGCUUCACCACUUCAAAGGACUUCAAACAAUAUGAACUCCUUCACAGUGGGGUUAAAAAGCACGUCUGCGAUCAGUGUGGGUCAUCCUUCAUCAGUGCACAUAAGCUUCAAAAGCGAGUCCACACAUGAGAGAAACCAAACAAGUGCAGACACUGUGACAAAACCCUUUCACAAUCAUGUGAUCACACUAAGCAUGAACGCAGACACAUGAAAGAGAACUUCAUCUGUGAAAGAGUUUAAGUAAUCUCAGUUCAUACUCCACUCACAAACGAUUCCAUGUUACGAAUAACCUGUUACGUCUUGAUUCCCGCUUUUAAGUAAAUCUUGUAAACAGAAUGAAAAUGUGCCUCGUUACACUUUAAGCUUUCUAAACUGUUCUACUGUAGUGUUUGUGUUGAGUGGUUAGCUUUGUUCCAGUAGUUGAAUCAAAAAAUCUGUUUCCUGUUAUCAUGUUUUUAAUGAAUGCAUCGA